CCCUUUGCAAUGCAGCUCCUGUAGUUGGAGUAGUAGACAGCGAGAGAGAGAGGCUGAAACCGAAGUAGUUUAGUUACAUUAAGUGCAUUUUAAUGCAAUAUAACUCGGCUUUUUAGACAAUCAGUUUUAUCCUCUGGAUCUCCCUAAUUCAUCUCCGAGAACAUCACCUGAUUUUGUGCUUUAAACAUCAAAACACGUCCGUAUCAGCUGGCAUGAGCUAACCCACCAGAUAUGGAGACCAAACCUUUCUUGUCACUGGGAUUCCUCAAACCCCCGUGCUCACUAGCACCCGUUGAGAGGGGCAGACAAGGAGAUGCAAUCAGUUCCCCAACAGUUUGCUCCUGUUUCAGUGGCAUGUGCCCUCUCCACCAGCGCAGGAUAUCUACAGAGUCUCCUGCUCAAGUGAACUCCACCUCUCUGAGCUCUCCGAACUCUCACCGGGCAAUGAACACGCCCACCCUCCAUCCGUCCCUGAUGGGCUCGGGGAUCAGCCCAUCAUCGUUGGGUUCGUCAGGUCAGCUGCACUCUCCCAUCAGCACUUUGAGCUCGCCUAUGAAUGGCCUGGGCUCCCCCUUUUCCGUCAUCAGCUCCCCCAUGGGCCCCCACUCCAUGUCCGUCCCUUCCACCCCCGGCAUGGGCUUCGGCCCCAGCGUCAGCCCCCAGCUCAAUUCCCCCAUGAACCCUGUCAGCAGCUCAGAAGAUAUAAAGCCUCCACUGGGAUUAAACGGUGUGAUGAAGGUACCAGCUCAGCCCUCAGGCACCCCACUCUCUCUUACCAAACACAUCUGUGCCAUUUGUGGGGACAGGUCAUCUGGUAAACAUUAUGGCGUAUACAGCUGUGAAGGCUGCAAAGGCUUCUUCAAGCGGACAGUGAGAAAGGACCUCACCUACACUUGCCGCGACAACAAGGACUGUAUAAUUGACAAGCGCCAGCGCAAUCGCUGCCAGUACUGCCGCUACCAGAAGUGUUUGGCCAUGGGCAUGAAGAGAGAAGUGUUGUUAAAUGCAGCCGUCCAGGAGGAGAGGCAGAGGAGCAAAGAUCGCAAUGAGAACGAAGUGGAGUCGACGAGCAGUGCCAAUGAGGACAUGCCUGUGGAGAAGAUCCUGGACGCUGAGCUCGCGGUGGAGCCUAAGACAGACACCUACAUCGAGACGAACCUGGGGAUGCCCUCCAACUCGCCUAAUGACCCUGUCACCAACAUUUGCCAAGCAGCAGAUAAGCAACUGUUCACACUUGUAGAGUGGGCAAAGAGAAUCCCACACUUCUCGGAACUGCCACUUGACGACCAAGUCAUUCUCCUACGAGCAGGGUGGAACGAACUCUUAAUUGCUUCAUUCUCACACCGUUCCAUAGCAGUUAAAGAUGGAAUCCUUCUAGCAACUGGCCUCCAUGUCCAUCGCAACAGCGCACACAGUGCAGGGGUGGGAGCCAUCUUUGACAGGGUGCUGACAGAACUAGUAUCCAAGAUGCGAGACAUGCAGAUGGACAAGACAGAACUGGGAUGCCUGAGAGCCAUUGUCUUGUUCAACCCAGAUUCCAAAGGCCUUUCAAACCCCAGUGAAGUAGAGGCUUUGCGUGAGAAAGUUUAUGCCUCACUGGAAGCCUACUGUAAACAGAAGUACCCAGAACAGCCUGGAAGGUUUGCCAAGCUUUUACUGCGAUUACCUGCCCUGCGUUCCAUCGGCCUAAAAUGUCUGGAGCACCUCUUCUUUUUCAAGCUAAUAGGAGACACGCCCAUUGACACCUUCCUUAUGGAAAUGCUGGAAGCACCACACCAAAUGACCUAACAAAGAGGCUGGCUUACCUUGCCCAAGCUCGCAGAAGGAGCCUUUAUCUCGCAAUCAUGUGGACUAUUUGAUGACUGCAACACAAAGAGUUGGACCCCCUGGUCAUUUCUUUAUGUGUGUAAAAGGAGUCAGUUUCAUAAAGCGUGUGGGUCUGUUUUAUAUAUUGUACAAAUAUAUAUCUUAUAUAAGAGAGAGAAAAAGUGAUGGACAGGAAUGGAGGGAAAAGAAGAUGUAUGUAGAACUAUUUUAGGCUGUUUUUAAGGUGAAAAAGGAUUAUAAAAAAGAAUACAAAAAACAUACGUGUAUUGACAUACAUGCUGUGGUUCUGAAUUUGUCAUAGGAUUUUAAACAUUUUUCAAGGUGGGGGCUGACAUCCUGUGUUUUUACUGGAAGUAAUGUGGAAGCCGGUUGUCCUCUUUGUCAUCACAUCUCCGGGAACCAAAAAAGACCUGCAGGUCAUGUUACCUGUCGAUUCUGAUUUCCAUUAAUUGGCAAUCUGUUUCAUAAGGGAGACAUGUAAGCACAGUCCUUUUUUGUGAAAUGAAAAGGCAAAUGUCUUAAGGUAUAGACUGAAGCCUUUUCCCUUAAAUGUUCUGUUCACUUUUAGUGUGGGCUAUUCAAGUUGCUUGUUGCUAAGAAUUCUACAUGAACAUUUACGUUUUACAGUAUAAUGUUCUUAAAAUUGCAGUUUUAUGCAUCCAAUGUGGUAAGGUCAAUGUGUUACAGAUUCUGAAUGUUAAUUUCCUAUGAUGAUUUUCAUUCUGAAUCACCCUGGGAUGCUUCAGUUUUUUCCAAAUCCCUAAAACAGCAAUGUGGUAUCAGUCAAAAGGGUUGUCUAAUAUUAAAAUGCAGCCAUAUACAGUAUUGAAGGUGUACAGAGGUCUUACCUAUAGAUAGUUAUCUACAGUUACUUGUAGUUGCCUACAGAUGGGUACCUACAGAUAUGCAGUUUUUUAUAUCCCCUGGAUAAACAGAUAAGCAGUAGAUCCUCUUCUUUUAAGAAGAAAAUGUUCUUACUCGUGGCACUUAACAUUAAGUCCUCAAGCUUAUUACAUCUGACAGUGUACUUGGCGUAGUGGUCAGAUGUUCAGGGCAUGGAGAUUGCCUGGCUUGGAAUGGGAGCACUUGGUUUUGUUAAUGGGUUAGACUAACAACUUAUUGGCCGUGCACAGACAAGGAUUCAUAGCGUUCUUUAAAUAGGAGGCAGAGCUAUGCCCAGAUUUAAUCUUGUUGACAUCAUGGUCAACAGGAGCUCCUUUCCUGAAAGAUAAAACCAUAUUAAUAAAUAUAUAAGAGCUAGGACUACCAUCAGAUUUCCAGCUAGAAAUCACAGGUUAGUACAUUACAGGUCAUUGCACAUUAUGUUAACAAUUAUAGGUCACAGCAAAGUGCAGGUUAAAUAGCAUUUUGCACAAGCCUGCUUUCAUCGUUUUUUUUUUCAAUAACUGUCCAUGGACAGUUCAUUGAUGGCAUAUAUUUUUGCUGCUGCAAAACUAUGCAUUUUAGUGUUUCCAAAGAUUGGCCAAUGCAUGAUUGUCAUUCAGCUAAUUCAGGUAGAGAAACUCUUUACAUGUCUAAAAGAUUAAGUCCCAAAGUAGAUUACAAUGCAGCAAACUUCUGAGGAACACCCUGUUAGGCACGUGUGUGUUAGGCACCUGCCCUCUUAUGGCAGAGAAGGAGAACUGCAAGUUAAUUUAACAAUUUUGCUGUGAAACAGCACUUUCCUCAAGACUUGAAUGAAUUCAAAAGACAAAAAAGAUCAGAUUACAAGAUAUAAAAUCGAAGUAAUAUUUGGAGUUAUUUAGGAUAUGCACCAAACUUUUGGAUAUAUAUCUCCAGUUAAGAAAAGAACACAAUAUACAGUAGUUACCACAUUUGAAAGAUUUUGGAUGUUGUAAGCCUAAAUUUGCCUAACUAGUCCUUGGAAGACUUAGUUGUGUGUGUUUUCUAAUGAUUGUAAACAUUUGUAAUUUGAUUGAACAGACUAAUUUAAAAAAAUGGACCAUAGUUAGCAUUCAGGUAUUAGUCUUUGGCUUAUGCUGACCUGACUAGGCUGUGUUCAGAAACUGCUGACUUUGAGCCAUUCGAAUCUGCAGUACUUUUAAAAACAAAACAAAUAUUAUUCACCAGCUAAUGGGAGAUACAGUAGAUCAUCUAAAUUGUGAGGUUAGAGAUGUUACAAUCAUGAGCUACAGAUUUGAGUGAAACUGGUUUCUCUUAGGUGUAGUCAAAUGUCUUUUACAUAUACAACACUUACACCUACUGCAAAUAAAUCCCACCACAUUUUGCAAUGUACAAAGAUUAUAUAGUAGUAAUUACAUAGACAUUUACUACUGUAUAACUAUUUUCAUACGGGUAUAACUCUUGUUAUCUGCUAGUAAAUAACAUUUCAAAAGGUUUUAAAAAUAUAUAUAGAUCCAGAUUUCCUCCAUAAGAAUAAAAAAUGAAUGCAUGUUUAUGGUAAUUUCAUGGUUACUAUGAAACAGUGCUGUUGUUUUACCUGUGAAAAAGACUGUCCAGUUUUUCAGAUCUGAUCAAUCCAGGGCAUGCUAUGCAAAGACAGCUUUUUCUGCCCAGUUUCUAUGCAAUAAGCUGUAAUCAGCAGUAGGCAUUCUUUAAACCUACAGGCCCCAAAACGUACAAAACGUCUUUUAUCUUUCCCAUAAGUAAAAAGGCUGGUUAUUCUUUUGCUGUAGAACUAAGCACAACUGAAAGUCAGGUGAGGCUAUUGCAUUAAGACUAGGAGAUUUUUCUUUUUCUUUCAUUUCAAAAGGCAGAAUGACAUUAAACACAUGCACAUACUGUUCAAGAAUAAGGUUUUCCUCAUUUUACAAAACCAAGGUCCUGUUUCAGUGAACCAAAUGCCAGUAUAUUUUCAGUCCCUGUCUUUUUAGAUUAAUUUGAUUAGACCUUUGUGAAUUUCUGAUGAAGGUGUUUUUAAAAAAAUAUAUAUUUCUCUGGGCUUUUCUCGGUAGUAGAACCUACAAUUAACUUACUGCUCUCAGCAAAGUAGUAGUUAGGGAUGACUUAUUUUUAACUUCCUUGAUAUAUUUAAUAGACACAUUAUCUAUAUUGAUCAUUUCAACUGCAUACAGUAUAUUAAUAUCGGAACUGAAAAAAUGUUUUUAGCACAGAUUUUUACUAAAUCCCCUAAGGUAAGAAGCCAUAUGCUGAUAAUUCUCUGUGACUUGUAAUGAAAGGAAUAAUUCCUGUAAGAAACAGACUUGAAAAUCUGAUUUGACUGGAGAAUCAGACUAGCUCAGAGGUCAGAGAAGUGUCAUUCAAAUAAUUGAAAAAAAUGCUUUAUAUAUACCAUAAAGCUAUAUUUUGUCUAUAUGUAUAUGUGUGUAUAUUUAUAUAAAUAUAAUCGUUUGUUAAUUGUUAUUGGUUUUAUCUAGCAAAGUGGGAGGGAAAUAAGUAUCUGGAAAUGCGCCCUGGUCAGAUGAACCCCACUAACUUUAGAAAUUGGAGCCAUUAGUAAUUUAGGGCUUUAAGGCACUACAGAUUGGGUUGUGCAUUUUCCAAUCUGCACUAAAAAGUAUCCAGCAAAUAUUGUACCAGCCUUUGAAUCCCAGUAAAUUAUUAUGCAUAAUUUCUUUAGAUUUUAAUUUUACUGAAAACCUUUCUAGUGGUUGCUUUUUGGGGGUGGGCGAGAAGGGGGAGUGAAGAAAAAUGUAGUAGAUAAAGCAAGUGAAAAAAAAUCUGAAGUAUUGUGCCCGUUAUGCUGGUUAGUACAGUUAAAGACAAGGUAGAGAUUUAGGAGAGAAGGUUGUUCUCAUGCACUGAAAGAAAAAAAUCAAAGCGUGUUGUUAACUCUUGAUGACAAGAUGUAGCCUCAUCUUUAGAAUAUGAUUCCUGAAUUACAUUAGAAUAGUUACAAAUGAGAGGAGGUCUUUCGGUCCAUCUUGCCUGUUUGGUUGCAAGUAACUAAUCUGGAGAUUUCAUCCUACCAUUUCUAGAAAGAAGCCAAAAUAUCGGUAUGUUAGAAUUCUCAGCUGUUUCAAUUUGUUUUUUGCUGCAUGUAGAGAAAACUCUUUUGGCUGGAUUGUGGCUCAGCAGCUGUAGCAGUAUAAAGUGAUGGUUUAAUAGCUGAAUUGAAAAACAAUGGGGAAAAAGCUGACAUUUCCCUCUAAACUGAGGGAAAAACAAGUUUAGAAGAUGUUAAGGGGGAGGGGGGGAACUGUAGAAGAGUUUUUUUUUACCACAAUUUACAAAAUUGUAAACAAAAAAAAAAUAUAGCUGGGCUAAUUAAUAAAUUACCCAAGAAGUGGGAUUUAUCAGAUAAGCAAUUGAAAGGGGAGCUGUGAUACCUGCUUUGUCAAAACAGAAGAAUAUGUUGCCUGACCAGUUUCCAGUUUAAUAAAAUGCCAGCCGAUGUUAUGAGGUUUCAAAAUGUGGGAUGGCUAUAUGACCUUUAAGAGUAAUUUCCAUUUAAGUUUCAGAAAACCGUACACUUAGUAGUGGUAUAUUUCAUGGUAAUGACCAACACAUACCUUUGAUUGUUCAGAUCUAUGCUGUCUGGUCUGGUUUGCUUUAAGCAAUUUAUCUUGUUGAUUGUGUUCUUUACUGUAAAGGGGGCUUUCCUAACAAGCAUCAUCCUGACUUCUACAUCAAACAUGCAGCACGGAGGAGCAGAAGAGAGCUAGGUAUUAAAUACCUUGUGCUUUGAGCCUGUGCAUCUAUUUUCAGGUGCUUGACAUCUGAAAGAAAGGGUUUUUUUUUCAUUUGCUUUUGGGUUGUUUUGCAAUAAAUGUAGUCUAACCCAGUGUGUAAUUAUUAUUGCCUUUGCCGCAGCAGUUUUGACAAAAACAUCAAGAAAGGAGACAUCUAAAAAAAUUUAUUUUUGUACAAAUGUAAUUUUAUCCCUUACCUAUAUAUUCCUAAUGUUUCUUUCUUUCCUUGUUUGGACUGUUGUAUGCAUUAUGUGUAAAUGUUGAUUUCAAAUGGAAAACCAGGGUGAUCGGAGGAGGUGAGACGUCCAGUCCCUUCGCCCUUGCCUUUAACAGUUAGUGUUUGAGAUGAAGUGUUCAUCCUUUAUGACACCCCAGCAAACAAAUCGGCACCCCAGCUGUUUUGGAACUGUUUGUUCUUUUUUUAAAAAAAACAAAAGAUGUGUUUUCUGUUUUUUGUGGGUGUUCUCUGACGUUCAGUUUAUCUUUCAUGAAAAGCUUAUUAAAAAAAUCAGAAAACACA